AUGUCUGGAAAAGUCUUCAACAGAUUAUUAUCCCCGCUCCCAGCAUACUUGAAUCCAAUGAGGAAAGAGUCCUUCAAGAAUUACAUGAUGAAAGUGAAAAUGUCUUCAGCAGCUCCAACCCAGGACUAUGCCACUAUCACAGAUUUGAAGGCAACUAUUGCCAGAGAAAUGGGGGUGGAUACAGGUUACCAACCUAUCCCAAAGGACCGUUCUCAUCUCUUGAAAUACCUGCCACAAACUCAAGAAGAGCUUCCCACAAGAUCAAUGCAGGAUAGUUUUUUGGCUGGUAUUAUUCCUUUGUCUACAGACAAGGUAUUACAGGAUAAAUACAUAACAUUUUUGGGGCAUGUGAGAACUGGAAGAUUGCUUGAAGAUAUGGAUAUCUUUGCAGUUAUGGUGGCACACAAACACAUAGUGAACCCAAAAGCUCCAAAAAAUGAGGAUUUUCCAUAUACCUUGGUAACAGCCUUAGUAGACAAGAUUGACUUCUCUGAAUUUACUCCUAAGCCUCAAGAAGAUAUUAAAAUCUCUGGGCAUGUCAGUUGGGUUGGAAAGUCAUCUCUAGAAGUAGUUGUUUGGUUGGAACAGCAGAUGCACAAUACAUGGCAUCGUAUCACCAGAGCUUUGUUCUUACUUGCUGCAAGAGACUCCAACAAUAUGAAAGCAGCCAUAGUGAAUGCCAUAGAUCCAGCCAAUGAUAGAGAAAGAGAGAUAUUGUCAGGUGGUGAAGACAGGAAGAAAAGGAGAAUUAAAAUCCAACAGGCUCAUGUAUCUAAAGUCGUCCCCAAUAGCGAAGAACAAAAAGUAAUCCACGACCUGUACCUCCGCACGGCCAACAAGGACAUCAGUCUGCGCACGCGCGUCCUUCCCUCGGGCUGCGCCUGGAUGAGCGCUGCCCACAUCUCCAACGUCGUCUUCUCCCACCCCUCAGACCGCAACAUGCACAACACCGUCUUCGGGGGCUUCAUCAUGCGGCAGGCCGAGGAACUGAGCUGGGUGCUGGGCCACAUGUUCAGCAAGUACCGGCCGAUUCUCAAAAGUAUCAGCGAUAUCAGCUUCCAGCGGCCGAUCGCUGUCAGUUCGCUGAUUCAGAUGCACGCUUAUGUGGUUUAUACGCAGAUGAAUUACAUGCAGAUCGCUGUUUUCGUGGAGACUUUCAAUCCGAUUACGGGAAAGAACGAUACUACUAAUACUUUCCAGUUUACGUUUGUGGUUCCGGAGGUUGUAAAUGAGAUCGUUCCUAAUACGUACCAUGAGGCUAUGAUGUAUAUUGACGGCAGAAGGCAUUUCCAGGAUGUUAUGAAGAAGUCGAUUGAUACGGGUAAAAUCGUGAGUGACGGCAGUACAGGCGAUUCAUAUACAAGUGAUUUAGGUACUUAA